GCUAAACUGACUAUUGUGUCCAUCAACUAAAGUACAUUUAAGUUAGAGUUCUCCACUCAUUCUCAACACUCAAACUAAAAUGAUCACUAGCAAUUUUUUUUUUCUCCUUUUCUUGCCUUGGGCAGUUUUGAGUGAUGAACUUGAAGCCUAUGUAAAAACUGAAGGAGCAUGGAUGGUGGGUAGAGAAAGAGCGUUUUACACUACAGCCAAUGAUUUGGAAUGUGCCAAGAUGUGUGACGCAGAACAGAAGUUUACUUGUAGGUCAUUUUUGUAUAGCACAAAAAAUCAAUUUUGUGUUACAAUCAUGGACAAUCAGAGAUCUUCACUUUUACACAGACGGAAUGAUAUAGCUUUGUAUGAGAAAACAAUAUAUCUCGAAAACUGCAUCACUGGAAAUGGAAAAAAUUACAGAGGAACAGAGUACAAAACACAUUCUGGGAAAACAUGCCAGGAAUGGACAGCAACCACUCCGCACACACCAAACUAUACACCUACAAAUUUUCCAAAUGAAGGGCUAGAUUCAAAUUUUUGUCGAAACCCAGAUAGUGAUCCGAAUGGCCCUUGGUGCUACACUACAGACCCAAAUCAACGCUUUGAGUUUUGUAACAUUCCACAAUGUGAAGAAGAAUGUUUCCAUUGUACUGGAGAAAAUUAUAGAGGCAAAAUUUCAAAAACAAAGUCUGGAUUCGAGUGUCAAAACUGGGAUUCACAAAAACCUCAUGCUCAUGGCUAUAAACCUGAAAGCAUUCCUGAGAAGAAUCUAAUAAAUAAUUACUGCCGCAACCCAGAUGGAGAAUCACGACCAUGGUGUUUUACUACUGAUCCAAAAACGCGAUGGGAAUUCUGUGAUAUUCCACGCUGUACUUCCAAUCCUCCACCAUCACCACCAGGGCUGAAAUGCUUAUCUGGGAAAGGAGAGUCCUACAUAGGAAAUAUUGCCGUAACAGUAUCUGGAAAAAUAUGUCAGGCCUGGAGUUCUCAGGAGCCCCAUAUUCACGGCAGAAUGCCAGAUAACUAUCCCUGCAAGAAUUUAGAUAAGAAUUAUUGCAGAAAUCCAGAUGGAGAGUCAACGCCUUGGUGUUAUACCACUGACAAACAAACAAGAUGGGAAUAUUGUGAUAUACCUAGCUGUGAUGCUCCCCCUGUUGCUAAACCGGCUCCUACCACUUCAGCUGCAGUUUCUGAAUGUUACACAGGAAAUGGUGAAACUUAUAGAGGUACAACAUACCUGACAAUUUCAGGUAAAAGAUGUCAGGAAUGGAGCUCUAUGGUACCUCACACACAUGUAAAAACCCCUGAUAAGUAUCCAAAUGCGGGUCUUGAAAGAAAUUACUGCAGAAAUCCAGAUAAUGAUAAGAGUCCAUGGUGCUAUACCAAUGAUCCAAGUGUGAGAUGGGAGUAUUGUAACUUGAAGAGAUGCCUUGAACCGCCACAAUUAGAACAACAGCCCAUUAAAACAACAAAACCUACUAUAGUCUCAUCUAGUCCAGACUGUAUGAUUGGUAAAGGCCAAGACUACCGAGGCACAAAAUCUGUAACUGUGAAGGGAUAUACCUGUCAAGCAUGGAAUUUACAAACACCUCAUGCACAUUCAAGCUUUACUCCACAAACUCACCCACAUUCUGGCUUGGAUAACAACUACUGCAGAAACCCGGAUGGAGAUAUCAACGGCCCAUGGUGUUUUGUUACAACUCCUGGAUCAGUAAGCUGGGAUUAUUGUGACAUUCCAGCCUGUGCCUCAACAGAAAUUGAAUGUGGAAAGCCAAAGAGAAAGCAGAGAAAGUGCUUUGGAAGAAUUGUGGGUGGGUGUGAAGCAAAUCCACAUUCUUGGCCAUGGCAGAUCAGCCUUCGGACUAGUUUUAAUAUGCACUUCUGUGGUGGAACAUUGAUCGACCGCCAGUGGGUUCUUACUGCUGCACAUUGCUUAGAACGGUCUAAACGACCAUCAUCCUAUAAGGUACAACUUGGAAUUCAUAAGGAAAAGGGCAAUGAGCCUUCUAAGCAAAUAAGAGAUGUUGAAAAGUUAUUUUUGGAACCAAAUAAUGAAGACAUUGCUUUACUGAAACUGAAGAGCCCAGCUUUGAUAACGGAUGAAGUUCUCCCAGCCUGCUUACCACCUCAUAAUUAUGUGGUUCCAGAUAAAUCUGAAUGUUAUGUAACAGGAUGGGGUGAAACUCAUGCCACUGGUAAAGAAGGCCUACUCAAAGAAGCUGGUUUCCCUGUGAUUGAAAAUAAAGUAUGUAACAGCCCUGAAUAUCUGGGUGGUAAAGUUACAAACGGGAUGCUGUGUGCUGGGAAUAUCCACGGUGGAGUGGACAGCUGUCAGGGUGACAGUGGAGGACCUCUAAGCUGUUUUGAUGGAGAAAAGUAUAUUAUACAAGGGGUGACUUCCUGGGGUCUUGGCUGUGCACAGCCAAUGAAGCCUGGUGUAUAUGUACGUGUAUCUAUGUUUAUCCCGUGGAUUGAAAAGACAAUGAAAGAAAAUUAAAGAUUAGUAAAAUAAAAAUUUAAUGGAAGAAACUGACAAGGUACAUUGUAAUAAAUAAAAUACUUGGAAUCA